AAAUUUGUGAGAAAACUGGUUUCUACCUGACGUGAGACAAAUUUCUAUGGGCUUCAGAGCCUAUAAUGACACCCACCUCAACAGGCCUACAGUCCAAGAAAAUUAGAUAUCAAGCCAUACCAAUUAAGGGCCCAAUCAAUUGAGCAAGCCUAUCAAAGCUUCUUAUUUCCUUCGCCGGAGAGAAGAAAGACUGGCAGAGAAGUUCUCAGUCACACUCUUCAACUGAGUCUUUGGAAGAAGAGCAGCUGCAAAAGGGAAUCAAACCAUGAAUACUGACAUCACCGCAUCGGCAAAGCCGGAGUACCCAGUUGUAGAUCGGAACCCACCUUUCACUAAGACCGUUGCCAAUUUCAACGUCCUUGACUACCUCCGACUCACCACAAUCACCGGCGUUUCCGUCACCGUCGGCUACCUCUCCGGCAUAAAGCCUGGGAUUAGGGGGCCAUCAAUGGUGACUGGUGGACUUAUUGGACUAAUGGGUGGGUUUAUGUACGCGUAUCAGAAUUCAGCCGGAAGGCUUAUGGGAUUCUUCCCUAACGAUGGAGAGGUAGCCAAGUACAAGAAAUCGCUUUAGGGUUCAACUCUUUGUUUGUGCCAAUUUGUAUUUUAUUUAUGGUUUCUGGUGCAAGAGUAAUUUUUGACCCUUGGUUUCGAUGCUAAUGAUGAAAUAAUCAGAUUGUUGCUUCUCUUUAAAUCGGGAUGCUGUUUUUGCUCUGUCAACAUUUUUGUUCAAUCAAGCUACUUACAUUUAUCCUCCUGUACUGUAUGAUAAUGCGGGGUUCCGUGCACUGGUGAUGCGAGUUUGCUUUUUAACUUCUGUUGAUUUUGGGUAGCAUUGUUUGAGCUGCCCAUGAGUUCUGGAGCUGUACAUGUAUCUGCUUUAAGUUUGUUAAAUUUCUGAGCGAUCUUAUUUGGAUGAUUUUAUUAAGGAACUGAGGUGGCAUUGUGAAUUGUGUGAAUCGUGCUAUGAAUCGUGCUACUGACUGCUUUUUCUUUUAAUAGUCCUCAGUUAUCUUUUCUCCCACAUCAGGAGAUAAGAAACUUCAUGUAGUUGCUUAUGUCCUAUUCCUUCCAGGAGCUUGAUUGUGCUAUAAAUUAGUUGAUCUUGGCCCUAAGAUUUUCUACUCCUGUUUGUAUCUGUUCAUAGUUUCAGUGCUGUCCUUGUUAUUGCCCAGUAGUACUUCUCAUUUAUCUGUAUUUUGGUCCUGUGAGGUGUAAACUAUUGCUAUUUUUUCUUGUCAGCUAUAAAUUUUUCCCUUGCAGUCCUUCACCGUUGAAAUUUUAAGGAAAAACCACUGUAUGUUCUCUAGUUUUGUACACCUUAAAGAAAAUCUUCCCAAAUGAAGCUUUAGUUUUGUCAUUGAAUUUGUUCCCUUGAAACUUGGAAAUUUCGUUCCUAGACGAUUGUUAAAUAAUGUGGAUACCAUAGAGACUUGCGGUAUAUCACCUGUGGUGCACGUUGAUGAGUAUGAAUGAUAUUGUUACCUGUUUUGUUUGUUACUGUUGUUCUAAAGGUAAGCCAUCAUCGAUUUAUGAACC